UGGUAGGUCAUACAAACGCAACAGCACGAGGAAGUUCUGACACAAAUAAAUAGGAAAGAGAAGCGAUAAGAAUACGAAGCCGUCGAGGUUUCGCGUCAUCCAUUGAGAUCCGAUGUUCAGUCCCUUUAAACACUGCAGGACAAAACAGAGAUGGGAGUUGUGGAGCGUCCUAGUUCUGUGCAUUGUCUUAGGCUCGUUGUACGCACUGUUCACCCGAAUUAGUGAAGGCGACAAUCUUUCGGAGCAGUUUCUGGAGAGGCGCCAAGACGAUGAUUCUUCUUUUCAGCGCCGGAUGGAGGGUCCUCUCUCUCCCAACGACCCUCAACUCCUUCAGUACACCAGAGAAAGAUUCCUGAUGCCACCAAGUACUGAGCCCUACAUGCUGGAGAUCGAGAAUGGCACGUCGAUCGUUUACAGUCUGUACCGUACUGCUGUAAUUAGCUGGAUCUAUUUAAACAAUCUUAUUACGACCCUAUUCCGUGAGGAGCCUCCCGGAUUCUUUGUCGAGGCAGGAGCCCUCGAUGGCGAGUACAUUUCCAACACCCUGGAUCUGGAGAGACUGUAUGGCUGGACUGGUCUCCUGGUCGAGGUCGAUCAGGAGUUGUUCACCAGACUCUUGAAAAAGAACAGGAAGGCUUGGGCCUCGAAUACCUGCCUGGCAACUUCGCCCUAUCCUCACGAAACAACUCUAGUCAAAUUUGCAAAUCAAGCUCACAGCCGACACGAAUUUUCCCUUUACGCAAGAGUCUACAAUGCCCUCAUAGUGUCCAAAGACUUGCCUGAGAGGACCUCACACGGAAUCCCGGUUUAUCAAGAGUCACAGUGCCUGCCUUUGGAGACUCUCCUUCUGGCUAUCAAUGUCACCCACGUCCACUUAGUGGUUCUUGAUGUUGAAGGCGUGGAAGCAGAUGUCUUGGAUUCGUUUUUUGGCUCAAAAUCAAGAAGUGCCAUGGUUGAUGUAUGGAUUGUGGAACACAAGCACCCAGAGACCGAGUCAGGAGGUGGUGAUCGAGUACACCUAGAAUUUAUAUACUGGUUCAAUUCCAUGGGCUACACCCUCUACACUGUCAGCAAGCACAUCCCUACAGACUACACGUUCAUCCGAAACGGAUCCGAUAUUUACGAGAGGGCUUUCGCCUCCAGACCUCCAGAGUUCGACUGGACGUUUGAAGAGUUUCACCACGAGGAAAACAGGCGAUAAAACGUUAUUCUUCGAACUGCAGAGGAUUUCGCUUUUCGUCAUGUAGUUUUAUAUAUAUAUUCUAAGAGCCAGUAAGGAGGGAACAGACCGCCCAAAGCAACUCCAAACGUUCGCUGGACUUUCGAGAAUCCUGACCAAGAAAAAAUUAAAGAUAACAAAUAAAAUAUUCCAUUUCCUUAA